UUUCCAGCAGCCAUGAAUCGAGCAAAGAACAUCCUCAUUUCCCUCCGACUCGCCAACUCGUUCCUCUCGACUCAGAUUCACAGCUCGACUCGACCACCAUGUUCCCAGGUGAUUCGUUUCUCUCAACUCUCUUCAAUUGUUCCCAAUCAAUCUCGCGGUUCUCAUCUCAUCAACACCCAUCAAAAGCUCUUCUUUUCUUCAACCCCCAACUCGGUCGUGGAGCUCGUCCUGGCUAACGAGUGGUCCACUGAGUUGGAGAACGAGUUAGAUGACUCGAACCUGGGUUGGACCCACGAGCGAGUUAUAUACGUUUUGAAGAAACUGGAUAAAAACCCACAAAAGGCUUCUGUUUUUUUCAAUUGGGUAAGUCAGAAAGAUGGGUUUAGACCAAGUUCUUUACUUUACAGCUUGAUGCUCAGGAUCCUAGUUCUUAAGGACAUGAAAAGGUUUUGGGCCACUCUGGCAAAAAUGAAAGAACAAAGCUUUUAUAUUGAUGAAGAAACUUUUGAUUCUAUCUUGGCACAGUUAGUUAAGGAAAAGAUGACUAACGAUGUUGUGGCUUUGAGGCACUUUAAUGAUAGGAUGAUUGAAGAUAAUGCAAUGGAUAGUGUUGUGAAGAAGGUGGUUGAUGUUGUUUUGGGGCUACAAUGGAGUGAUGAGGUUGAGAAACAAUUAGGGAAGAUCAUAGUUGACUUGUCGGAUAAUAUUGUUUUAAGGGUGUUGAAGGGACUUAGAACUUACCCGUCAAAAGCUUCUAGCUUUUUUCGUUGGGUUGGUCGGUAUCCGGGCUAUGAGCACAAUUCUGUCACUUAUAAUGCGGCUGCAAGGGUUCUUAGUCGGGAUGAUUCGAUCGGAGAGUUUUGGGGUAUGAUUGAGGAAAUGAAGGGUGCGGGUUAUGAUUUGGAUAUUGACAAUUACAUAAAGAUUUCGAGGCAAUUUCAGAAGAGUAAGAUGAUGGAGGAUUCGGUGAAGCUUUAUGAGUUUAUGAUGGAUGGCCCUUUUAAGCCCUCGGCUCAGGACUGCAAUUUGCUCUUAAGGAGCAUCUCGGCCGGUGAUAAUCCAGAUUGUAGUUUGGCAUUUAGAGUUGCGAAGAAAUAUGAGUCCACGGGACGUACCCUUUCUAAGGCUGCUUAUGAUGGGAUUCAUAGGUCUUUGACUAGUGCGGGAAGGUUUGAUGAGGCUGAAAAGAUGAUGAAAGUUAUGCGAAAUGCAGGGUAUGAACCGGACAACAUUACUUACAGCCAAUUGGUCUUUGGACUCUGUAAGGCAAGGAGGCUUGAAGAAGCUCGUCGAGUGCUAGAUGAGAUGGAAGCAAAUGGAUGUACUCCUGAUAUCAAGACUUGGACCAUUUUGAUUCAAGGGCAUUGUUCUGCUGGUGAAGUUGACAAGGGAUUGAUGUGUUUUAUGAAGAUGAUGGAAGAGGAUUGCAAUGUGGAUGGCGAUUUGUUGGAUGUCUUGAUAAAAGGUUUUCUUAGUCAGCGGAAGAUAAAGGGCGCAUAUGAUUUGCUGAUUGAGUUGGUGGAUAAAGCUCGUGUAAUACCUUGGCAAGCGACGUACAAAAACCUUAUUGAAAAGAUGUUAGAAGUGAGGAAACUUGAAGAAGCAAUGAACCUUCUUCGAUUAAUGAAGAAACACAAGUACCCUCCCUAUCAUGACCCUUUUGUUCCUUACAUCUCGAAGUUUGGGACUGUUGAGGAGGCUGCUGAGUUUUUGAAGGCAUUGAGUGUGAAGAAAAAUCCAUCUCCCUCGGCUUAUUUUCAUAUUUUCGAGUCAUUCUUUAGGGAAGGCAGACACUCUGAAGCCAAAGAUCUGCUUUUUAAGUGCCCUCACCAUAUCCGCAAGCAUCGCGACAUUGCCAAACUUUUUGGGUCCACACAGAGCAGCCCUGCUACUGCUUGAUUUUUUUUUUCUCCCUAAAUUUAUUGUUGCUAUACGCUGCUACUUGACAAGUAUUUACCCAACAAUAUUUAGAACAUCGUUGUUAGAUAAAAUGGCCAAUCAAUGCAAAUUUCGGAUGGAAUUUGGAUUCA